CCCCAGCGGGGCACGACUGGCCGCGUGGUUGGGUUGUGCGGCGUCCAGCCGCUGCUUCCUACACAGGCUGCUCAGGGGAAGCCGGAAACUCGCUCGCCAUGUCUGCUGCGGAGGCGGGGGGUGUUUUCCGCAGAGCCCGGGGCAGGACCCUGGACGCCUUUCCCUCAGAAAAGGAAAGGGAAUGGAAAGGCCCGUUCUACUUCAUCCAAGGUGCAGACCCACAGUUUGGGCUCAUGAAGGCCUGGUCCACUGGGAACUGUGACAGCGGCGGUGACGAGUGGGGGCAGGAGAUCCGUCUAACCGAGCAAGCUGUUGAGGCCAUCAACAAGUUGAAGCCCAAACCCAGAUUCUUUGUUCUCUGCGGGGACCUCAUCCACGCCAUGCCGGGGACGCCCUGGCGGAAGGAGCAGACGGCGGACUUGCAGCGGGUGCUGGCCCGUGUGGACAGCGACAUCCCGCUGGUGCUAGUCAGCGGCAACCACGACCUGGGCAACGCGCCCACUCCCGAGACCGUGGCGGAGUUCCAGCGGACCUGGGGCGACGACUACUUCAGCUUCUGGGUCGGGGGCGUCCUGUGCCUCGUGCUCAACUCCCAGUUCUGGUUCGAUGCCUCCGGGUGCCCGGCCUUGAAGCAGGCGCAGGACCAGUGGCUGGACCAGCAGCUGAGAGUCGCGGGACAGCGCGAGUGCCGGCACGCCGUCGUCUUCCAGCACGUCCCGCUCUUCCUCCGGAGCAUCGACGAGGACGACGACUACUUCAACCUCACCAAGGCCGUGCGCAAGGAGGUGGCCGACAAGCUCAUCAGAGCAGGUGUCACAGCAGUGUUCUCAGGCCACUACCACCGGAAUGCCGGGGGCACCUACCAGAGCCUGGACAUGGUGGUAUCGUCCGCCAUCGGAUGCCAGCUGGGCCAGGACACCCAUGGGCUCCGAGUCGUCGUGGUCACCGCCGAGAAAAUCGUUCACCGGUACUACAGCCUGGACGAGCUGAGUGAGAAGGGGAUAGAAGAUGAUCUCCUGGGCCUGAUGCAGGAAAAGUGAUGGUCGCUGCUGAUCUGUUUCACUUCCCUUGGCUGUUUGCUUUUCCAGAAGCGGCAGCUGCGUCCCCACCCCUUGUUGAAAUGUAAAAGUACUCCAGGCCCAUCUGUGGAUUUAUGUCCUUUUCCAUAAAUCAGAGGGCUGGGUCCUCUCCUCCUAUCCGAAAUUAUAUUCACAGGAAAGCUGCCCUCCCUUUAAAAAAGAGAGGAGUUGGGGGAACUUGAAAAUUAAAGAAUAAAUGAUACUAGUAUCUCUCUGCAUGGAUGCUUGAGUACAUUCUCCGAGUGCUGUGUCCCUCAUUCUGCUCCUGAAUUAGUGUCUUCGGGUAGCAUAUGAUAAAUGUCUACCUGUCAGCCUCCAUCCCACCUUGAUACCUAAGUGUGGUCUUUGAAAAUUCCGCAAACAGACCAAAUCCGAUUAUAUUAAAUUGUGAUCACGACUCCCAAAGCGCUAGGCAAAACGUUAGGCUUUCCUAACAAAGCAUGUGACUGUAUCCCAUUAGAGCUACACAGGCUGGCUUUUCAAGGAUCAACCACAUCUGCUACUAAAUUUGGAGACUUUGGGCACUGUUGACAAUGCAGUCGGUACAAGUCAAAGUUGAACUUGCCCUCUGGGUGAUGAGAAAAUCCUCCUUGGCAUGCGAACUGGCCACCUGUAAAUACCUCAUUGCAGAGACUAGACCUGAAGCCCCACGCUCUGGGCACGUUCACAGUGCGGUGACUCCGCAGACGGGCAUCCUCGUGGGAUGAGAAUGGCCCUACGCUUAGGGGACUCUUUGCUGUGUCUACUCUGACAGAACAAGUGGGAAUCGCUGCAAGGUUCUCGAAGGAAGCAAAGCAGGAGCUCUGGUGGGGCAGAAUCGAGCUUUUGGCGCCGUCAUCUAAAUCAGCACCCGCUUUGAGGAAAUGCGCCCAUAUCCCUUGACAAAGGAGCAUGGGUGGCUUGAAAUCAGGGUCAUUUUUAGGCGAUCUCCUUUGCUGCUGCUUCUCUGUGGCCACUGACCGUGACGUGAUUUCGUCCAUCGCCCCGGCGGACAGGGAGCCUGGGUACUCAGUGAAAUACUCAGGAAUAUUUCACAGCGCCACGGAGUAGCAUGCUGGCAUAUCCGUACAGAGGAGCUGCGGAGUCCAUUAAAUCACAAGACUUUCUUGUUACAAAGUUUUAGUCACUGUGGCAAAACCAUGAGAAGUUAAACAGGAAGAUAAUGGAUAUGUAAAUUCAUCAGGAAGAAAAGACAAGAAAUCAGUUAUACCACAGAUCCGCCCUGCACAUAGCUCAUUGCUAUGUGGCACCAGAAAAUUAGAAGUUUUCAAAAUUAGAAUGCUCUUGUUUUAGCAUUUUGCUGCAGCCUUGAUUUGUGAACCAUUUUCUUUUACAACAGGUGUGGAUUGAGGUCAGGGACAGGAGUUCAGUAAAAGAUGUACCUUUUUAUUUUAUUUGGGGGAGGAUAUGGAUUACAUUAAAAGUAAUGGAAAUGAACCUUCUAAGUCUCCUUCCCCAAAAAUCCUAAUAUAUAAAAGAAUUGAUUCAAAAUACAGCAGGGUAUAUACUAAACAGAGGGAAUCCUAUGAAAUUCUAACCGGUUUUUAAGUAACCAGCAAUAUUCCCUAGUGGUGGUUUGUUCAGAAGAAGUUAGGAAAUGAUUUCAUAGAUGAGUGUGUCUCAAUCUGAUAAUAGAUAAUUACCAAGGCAUUCACUUAUGAUUGCUUUUUCUUUAAAAGAAAAAAACACACGUGAUAAAAUAAGUGCCUUCUACUAUGGAAAACAAUAAAAUGCUCCGUGAUUGUAA